AUGACGAACAUUGAAAAUGCGAAAAAUCACGUCCUACCUGUAGAAUUGGUCGACCACUACAUCUAUCUAGGCCACAAAAUCACUCUGAAUUCUGAGAAUCAGGUUGCGGAAGUAGGAAGGCGCAUCGGACAAGCUUGGGCGGCAUUCGGGGCAAACAGCCAUGUUCUACGAUCCAAGAAAAUUGCUCAACACCUAAAGACCAAGGUGUUCAACCAGUGUGUACUGCCGGUCUUCGUGUAUGGGAUGGAGACCACGACGCUGACAGAAAAGUCUGCUGAGAGACUCCGAGUCGCACAACGAGCAAUGGAAAGACAGAUGCUUGGCGUCUCCCUACAAGAUCACAAAACGAACGAGUGGAUCAGAGAAAAGACGAGGAUCAGCGACGUGGUGGAAGAGAUAGAGAGCCUUCCCUCGUUAUCUUUUUACCCGACUGCACCAGAAGGAGGGUUAUGUACUGAAGACAGUUUACAAGACAAUUGA